CUGCGAGCCUCCGUAGCGCGCAUGACAUUCGCACUCACUACACACAUGCUGUCGGUGUGGUUUCAGCACAUAAAUGAGUGUUUUUACAAAUGUCUUAGUGAAAUAAAUACUUGAGUUGACUUGAAGAGCUCGAUCAAUACACGCGCUGAAGUGCCUGCUAUUGAUGUCUGCGACAGUGCUGUUUCAUCAUGUGGCAAAGCGCCAUCUUUAUGCCAACAUACAGCGCGUUUUCAUCUUUAGAUCCCAACGUUUGUCAUCAAAUGUGGAGAAUGGAGAGCAAAAGAGAGAAGAAGAAACUGAAAGCACACUGGUAUACAAACCCUCGGCUUACUACAAGAGACCGUCGACACAUUCUUCUAUUGUGGGCCGCUCAGAAGCUGAAGAAGAACUGUCCGUCAAUCGUCCCUUAAACCCUGCUUUCCGUCAAAAGCGUAGCCCGUGUAGUAUUAGCGCCUCACGACGGGUCUCCGGUACCAGGAAUACGCUGUUAAACACUGCUUCAGACCGAGUAGCAGUUCCGACCCCAAACACCACAAAAGAUCCAAGUGUCAACCGCGCCCCACGAGCCUUUCAGAGAUGUCGGCCUGAAUACCGCAACAUGACCCAUGACCUUUCCCAAUGCUCGUCUACUGUAGACCUCAACGAGGCCUUGUUAGUUCUACAUAAAGUCACGGUACAAAAAAGCAACAUGGAACCUUCAGAAGUAACUAAUUUCUUGUCCAAACUUGGUCAGAUUCCUCAAGAACAGAUCGUGGUCGUAAGGGGCGACAAGCGAUUUAAUAUGCUCCUGCGGUACAGCGUGGAGAUCCUGCAAAACUUUACAACGCCGCAAUUAUUGGAUGCCCUGAGGGCUUUCGUGAACUUGGCCUUGCCUCAUUCUCAUAGCAUUCUGGGAUUGUAUGAAACCGAGUUCUGUCGGCGAGCCAGCGAGAUGGAGCUUCACCAGUUGCUGCUCGCCGCCGACUUCUGGCGAUGCCUCGGUCGAGCUGUUCCUAAGUACCUCGAGAGGAUCUUUGACAACGUGAGCCGAAACUUCAACCAAAUGGGUAUUCCAGAGUUGGUUCAGCUCUUGUACAUUAUCGGAGAAGGCAGGAGAUGUCCUGAUACCCUCGUUCAACCCCUUGAGUCCUUACUUAUGCGUCAUUUGAACCAGUUGAAGCCUGAAGAACUGGGCGCCGUUUGCUUAGGCCUCUUCAAAUCCCAACGCUCCCUGUCCGAGAGAGCGACGCGCCGGCUUGUGGACAGGGCGCUUGCUGUAGUUGAGGAUAUGAGUGACUUUGGGAUCGUUAAUGUAAUGAAGUUUAUGCGAUUUAGCUAUCUAGACCAUCUCCCGUGGUUGGAAGCCAUGGGAUCGGAGAUUCCUCGACGUGCCCCGCACAUGGAGGUACAAGGACUCAUGCACGUCAUCUUGGCGUUCUCCGCUCUGCACUACCGAGAUGAUCGCGUUCUCUUGGCUGUGGCUGAGCGAUUACCUGACGUGGUCAGUCGGUGUCGGAGUAAAGAUGCUGCAAAGAUGCUGUGGGCCUUUGGGACUCUAGGAGUCCUUCCUAACCAAUGUCCCAACCUUUAUCCGUAUCUCACUGCGAUCUUACGAGAACGCCAAGUGGAGUUUCAGCGAUACCCCGAACAUCUGUUGACUGCUUUGCUCGGUCUGGCUUUUGCCGGUCUGUUCCCUGAAGACCUGCUCAGUCUGGCUUUAUCUGCAGAGUUCAUCAACAAGGCUUGUAAUUCCCAAGAGCUUGAGUUGAGGAAAGACUUAUUCACCUUAGACGGGACUGUAGGCUUGGAGUUACCCGAGUCGACGAUCCCAAGACUUAGUCUUGCAAUUCGGGAAGAAGUGACCAAACAGCUGUGGGAUUUUGCUCAGUCAGAUAUCUGCCAGAAGCCCGAAGUGCUCGAGGCUGAAGAUGUGUUGCAGAAACUUCUGGGUGGAGAAAUGUUUAUUCGCAAACAUAUGAUUCUUCCACAUUUGCGUUCGAUUGACUUGGAAGUGCACUUAGACCAAAAUGACCAGCCUGUUCCUGUAUCCUCCGGACCUGAGCAACAAAAUCUCCCCUCUCAAAACUUGAAUGCAAGGCCCUCUGGAGUUACCAUAACUGACGACCUACUAGCUCAACUAACUAAUACACAAAAGACUCCAGUGCAGCAGUCCAACAAGUUCCUCCAAAAGCCAGAGGUCCACACAGUUGAACCAGUCCGAGUGAGAGAAAGUAUUUUCAAUGUGGGUAUUGACUUGACGGACAAUCUUCUGAUGGCGUUGACCAAAUCCCGAAAGCGGUCGUCUCGCCUUAGUGAUUCUAAACCAUCUAUUCAGAGACUUGCUGUUCAAGUGACACGUAGGAAUCACUAUUGCUACAGGACUGAGCAGUUGCUUGGAUUACAUGCACUGAAGAGGAGACAACUUGAGCUGGCUGGAUACAGAGUCGUAGAGUUGCCCCAUUGGGAAUGGUUUCCCUUGCUGCGACGCUCAUUUGCAGAGAAACUCGCCUAUCUGCACUGCAAGAUAUUCAGCUGUUCUGACUCCAAAAAAUAGACUGAUUGAAUUCUCUACAUAUAUAAACUUCCAGGUUUUACUCAACCUCGAGAGAACCCUUCUGUUUUAUACUAAACCACAGCACUGAUGUUU